AUGAGUAGGCAGGCAGCGCGCAACACCAUCCCCGUGGAUGCCGUGAAUCUCAAGCAAACGAGGGGCAUGUUUGCGGUGAUGUGCGUGGACAAGCUCCGUGUAGCAGAGCCGCUACCCGCUGCGAAAGACUUUCGCGGUCAGGCAAGGUUCACAUUGGAUGCGUCGGGGAGGUACCACAUAUGUGUGGCCUCCAACUUCACCCGAGGAGCACCUGAUGACGUGGGAACGCUCGGGCAAAGCUUGCUCCAGGUUGAGAGACCUGUGCUGGCAGGGUGCGACGACGGCCUGCAAGAGGUGGAGGAGGAGGAAGAGGCACGUGCAAAGUGCGAGGAACAUGGCGGCGGGGACAUGGCCAUGCAGGCGUUGGAGGAGAAGGCACGUGUGAGGGAGCGGAAGAUGGGCGAGGUGGCACGGCGGUUGCAAGCGGAGGCGAGGGAGGCGCGCAGGCGGUGGGUGAGGCUGAGACGGGCCAAGGCGAUAGACAAGCAGACACAGGAAGCAGAGGCAGAGUUUCAGGCAGCACGAGAGCGACAUGCGGCGCACCUGGACUGGCGGCGGCGGCUGCGAAAGCGGCGGCGACUUCUGCGCAUGAAGGAGCGCAACGCUCUCCUGCGCGAGAGACGUGGCGGUGUUGUGUCCAUUGACCCAGGCGUCCGCGUGCCAUUCACGCUGUGGACGGCGUCUGGGACCGUGUCCAUCGCGCAUGACGCCAUCGAGGAGCUGCGCAUGCUUCUCAGGAACGCCAAUGACAUCCGUGCUGAUGCCGACCUCCUGGAAGUAGCGGUGCAGGAGGGCGAAGCCCGGGGCGAAGGCGACGUGGCAGCCGCGCGACGGCGGCACCGGCAGCAGCUGCGCGUGGUGAGGGACCGC